AUGGCAGUAUGUGAGACACAUCAACGUCAUUUCUAUCUCGACCGGGAAGCUCUGCAACAAGGUGCCGCCAUGAGCCACAGCCUUGGGCCUCCUGCCAAUAACGAGUCAUCUCUCUCCGUGCAUCCGGACUCCAUUGUUGGCCAACGGUGCCCAAACGGUCCAGGUGGAACACUAUGCAACUCUGCUUCGUCUCCAAGUCCGAGUACGGCAGCCCAAACGAUUAUUCCUGCUUGCAGUACCGACGUUCCGGUCUGGAAUGCUCCUCAACGCCGAAUUUGGCCCAAGAUGGUGCUUCCGUGCCGGAAUCCAAGUGCAGCUUUGCGCCGGCUUCCACGGCGAACGCUGCAAGCUUUGCCUGCGUCAAACCAUCAACAAUGGGCCCAUGAAAUGCAGCCGCUCGCCCGUCCGACUUACCUUGGUGGGCCCAAGAAGCGCGCAAGUUUACCUGAGGCUCCGGCCGGUAUCCAAGGCGGGGAGGAGGAAGGGCAGUCCCAAAAAAAACCCACUCACAAAUCCAGUGCGGCUGUGCUAUCGGACGUCCGACCACGCCUGCAUGGCGUGCCUUGCUUCGUCCCUCUAGCGCGUCUAACCUCGACGGGGGCUCUUGCCAAUUUGAUCGCUGUUUUGAUUGCAGAACUACUGCAGUUUUGCAAAUGUGUAGUGGUGAUGCUGAUAAACCACGCCUAG